AUGGCGCGCGGAAGAGUGAUCAUGGCCUGUGCGGCGCUGGCCUGCACAUUGGUCAGCAUGAAGUCUGCCUUCACUCCAUCCCUGCCGGGCAACAUGGGCAUGGCCACUGCUGGUCGAGGGAUGGAAGCAAAGCAGCGCACGCUCACGCAGCGAAAUGCUGACGGCUCAAUGCUGAAGCCAUUUGGCCCAGUUGUGACCUAUGCCAAGGCACUCAUGGAUGCAGCCCGUGAGAAAGACGAAGAUGUCGCUGUCACAGAGGAUGUGCUGAUGAUCAAGGACAAGUUCAAGGAGGAGGAGUGGCUGGACAAGCUGGUGACUGUGCAGAAUGAUCCUUACCUAACUGAAGUGCAGAAGGCCAACAAGAUCGUGGACCUCUUGAAGCCCUUGAAGUCCACUGUGAUGCCCAAGUUCAUCGUCUUUUUGGCCAAGAAGAAUCGAUUGAACGGUAUCAAGGUGAUCAUGUUUGAAUACGUGCAGAGCAUGUACUACCUCCAAUCCAUCACUCCUGUGCGAGUGACUUCCGCACAGCGCUUGACAGAGGAUCAGCUGGCAAAGAUCAAGGAGAAGAUGAAGAGCAAAUGUGGCACCAGAGACGUGAAGUUGGUGGCAGAAGUGGACCCCAACCUCAUUGGCGGCCUGACCCUGGAGUGGGGUUACACCGAUCCAGUUCAACUCUACGCUCCUACUCACGGCGUGGACCUCUCACUCAAGAGCAUUCUCAACAAGAGGGCCCUUCAGAAGGGCGUGGUUCCAUGUGUCAAGUUGGACGGCUUCACCUUGCCAGCCACGGAGCCAGCCCAGUUGCUGAUCCGUGAUGGUGAUGUGCUGGCUCUAGAGUGGAAGGAUGUCUUCCAGAUGAGCACCUCCAAGUCCUCUGGUGGCUAUGCCCGGGGCGACCUGGCGGCCCGGCGGCGCCUGGAAGGGGCCGCGCGACGCGCAGGGCUGGCGGAUCUGCCGGAGGUGCUUCUGGGGGAUGAGCCGCAACUCUUUGAUGACCAGUUGCUGGGUGGUUGGCCCAAAGCCGUGGCUGCCUGGACCGCAAUGCGACAGCAGCUGAUACCCCGGGCGAAGGUGGCGAAGGUCGUCUUGGUGAAGGCCGUUGGAUGCCUUUCCUGCGGCCUCCAGAUCUACCCAACCUGGGGCAACUCCUGGUCGCGGCAGAGGUCCAAAGUGAUGCAUGGCAAGCCCAAAGCCUACUGGAGAGAUGUUUUCCGUGUGUGGGAGCGCGAAAUUCCAAAGCCGGACUUCGCCAUUCAUCACGCUGCAAAGGCAGUGCGAUUGCUCCCCAAAGUGAACUUCACUGGCAUGCCGACGAAACAUCCAGUUCUCUGGAACUUGUUGAGGAGAACGAAGGAUCUUUUGAAGCAGGACAACUGUACCAUGAUCGUGGAGGAUCCGACGAAACCCCGUGGAGGGCGUUUCCAUCGCAUUGGGCUUUGCACUGAGGAUGCCGCUGCCAUGAUCAAUGCAGCAGUGGCUCUCCAAAAGCCGAUCCCAGCUCUGAAGGUCGACAUCGUGCCGCUCCUGCAGAUCAAGGUGAGAGACGCAGUCGAUGCCAUGAGCAACAAGGAGCUGCAGCGGAGCUGCCUGAGAAUUUUGCUUGGUGUUUUAGCAGACGUGGUGCGGAUGCUGAUGACCCGCGCCUUUCAGGAGGAAGCCGUCACCUGGCAGAGGCUGCUGAAGCGCCUGGGGCCUGAACUAGAUGAGGCCAUUGACAUCGAGGACAUUCCACAGAUCAUUGAGCUGCUUUGUUCUGAAGAGGUGGCUGUGACUGCUGCAGCCGUGCUGGAGGAAGGCCAGCUCCCGGAGUCUUCUGACGGUGAAGGCUUGAGACCUUUGGAGAGUGGUCGCUUACUUCGUGCUCUUCGGGAUCAGGUGGUGAUCUACUGGGAUUCCUUCGAGCUGAGCGAAAUCGCCAGUUGCUUCUGGAACUUGGCAAAGGCAAAGCUCAUCCACGAGCCGCUGCAAGCGGCUGCCAGCCACCUGGUAGUGCAGAAGGCGCCUCGUUGGCAACCGAAACGCUUCGACCCAGAAGUCUGGCAGAUUCUGUGCUCACUGGCGCAAGUGGGCAGGGAGGAUCCAGCCCUUCUGAAAUCCCUGGCGCGCUUGGCCUUGCGGCACGACCUGGGCACCAUGACCAACUGGGCUGUUUGUGUGAUUUCUUGGUCGUAUGCUCAGCUUGAAAGUCCACAGGAUGGCCUUGGCGACUUCCGGCAGCGCCUGCAGAUGGAGCUGAAUCUGCGUGAGAUCGCCGAAGAGGUGGCACAAAGCUGGCAGGUCGCCUACAGCGAGGAUAUGGAUGAGUUUUGGCUCCGUCGACGGAUCGCGCAACGGCCCUUGUUCAUCGCGCCGCGCCCUGUGAAGCUCCUGCGGCGGCGGUCGGCCGAAGCAGACCUGAAACAAGCUGCGGAAGUUGGGAAGCUUCUAGCCAAACCCAACUGGAAAGAGUUGGACCGCAUCGACGAAGAUGAAGCCGAAGCACCGGACAAGUUGGAGGACUUCCGUUUGUUCGACGCGUCGAACGACUUGGAGGACUGAUCCGCGCUGCCCGCGCUGCCUGCGCUGCCCGCGCUGCCCGCGCUGCCCGCGCUGCCCGCGACGCGC